UUUGGGGUCCCGCGGGUGACCAUGAAGGUCCCCCAGGUCAGCCGGCAGCUCGGGGGAAUUGCAGGGCAGCGUCUAUUUCAGAGUUUAUGGUAAGAGGCGCGGAGCCCGCACUCACCGACUGCACACCCCACCCUUUAAGGAAGUGGGGAGGAGAGCCGCCGGGGUGUGGUUAACGACUCGGAGGAGGAGAGGGAAAACAACCUGUCAGCCCUCUUACUCAGCCCGGAGCCCUCUCGAGUCCUACCUGGGCCACAGCCCCGCGCGCACCUGGCCGAGCCCGGAGUCGUCCGCAGGAGCCCGCGCCCGGCUCGCGGCCUGAGAUGUGCCGGUCCUAGCCACUGCCUGAGAGGAUGUCCGGGGUGUCUGAACCCCUGAGCAGAGUAAAAGUGGGCACGUUACGCCGGCCCGAGGGCCCCCCAGAGCCCGCGGUGGUGGUGCCAGUCGAUGUGGAGAAGGAGGACGUACGCAUCCUCAAGGUCUGCUUUUAUAGCAACAGCUUCAACCCUGGGAAGAACUUCAAACUCGUCAAAUGCACGGUGCAGACAGAGAUCCGGGAGAUCAUCACCUCCAUCCUGCUGAGUGGGCGAAUUGGGCCCAACAUCCAGCUGGCUGAGUGCUAUGGGCUGAGACUCAAGCACAUGAAAUCUGAUGAGAUCCAUUGGCUGCACCCGCAAAUGACCGUGGGUGAGGUUCAAGACAAGUACGAGUGUCUACACGUGGAAGCCGAGUGGAGGUACGACCUGCAAAUCCGCUACCUGCCUGAAGACUUCAUGGAGAGCCUGAAAGAAGACAGGACCACACUGCUUUAUUUUUAUCAGCAGCUCCGGAAUGACUACAUGCAACGCUACGCCAGCAAGGUCAGCGAGGGCAUGGCCCUGCAGUUGGGCUGUCUGGAGCUCAGGCGAUUCUUCAAGGAUAUGCCCCACAAUGCACUUGAUAAAAAGUCCAACUUUGAGCUCCUGGAAAAGGAAGUGGGUCUGGACCUGUUUUUCCCAAAGCAGAUGCAGGAGAACUUAAAGCCCAAGCAGUUCCGCAAGAUGAUCCAGCAGACCUUCCAGCAGUAUGCCUCGCUCCGGGAGGAGGAGUGUGUCAUGAAGUUCUUCAACACCCUCGCAGGCUUUGCCAACAUCGACCAGGAGACCUAUCGCUGUGAACUCAUUCAAGGAUGGAACAUUACUGUGGACCUGGUCAUUGGCCCUAAAGGCAUCCGCCAACUGACAAGUCAAGAUGCAAAGCCCACUUGCCUGGCCGAGUUCAAGCAGAUCAAGUCUAUCAGGUGCCUCCCACUGGAGGAGGGCCAGGCGGUCCUGCAGCUGGGCAUCGAAGGUGCCCCCCAGUCCUUGUCCAUCAAAACCUCGUCCCUGGCAGAGGCUGAGAACAUGGCGGAUCUCGUAGAUGGCUACUGCAGGCUGCAGGGAGAGUACAAAGGGUCUCUCAUCAUCCAUCCCAAGAAAGACGGUGAGAAGAGAAACAGCCUGCCUCAGAUCCCCAUGCUAAACCUGGAGGCUCGGAGAUCCCACCUCUCAGAAAGUUGCAGCAUUGAGUCAGAUAUCUAUGCAGAGAUUCCUGAUGAGACCCUGAGAAGGCCAGGAGGUCCACAGUAUGGUGUUACCCGAGAGGACGUGGUUCUUAAUCGUAUCCUGGGUGAAGGCUUCUUUGGGGAAGUCUAUGAAGGGGUCUACACGAAUCAUAAAGGGGAGAAAGUCAAUGUGGCCGUCAAGACCUGCAAGAAAGACUGCACCCUGGACAACAAGGAGAAGUUCAUGAGUGAGGCGGUGAUCAUGAAGAACUUGGACCACCCCCACAUUGUGAAGCUGGUCGGUAUCAUCGAGGAGGAGCCCACGUGGAUCAUCAUGGAACUGUAUCCCUAUGGGGAGCUGGGCCACUACCUGGAGCGAAACAAGAACUCCCUGAAGGUGCCCACUCUGGUCCUGUACUCGCUGCAGAUUUGCAAAGCCAUGGCCUACCUGGAGAGCAUCAACUGUGUGCACAGGGACAUCGCUGUCCGGAACAUCCUGGUGGCCACCCCUGAGUGUGUGAAGCUUGGGGACUUUGGUCUCUCCCGGUACAUUGAGGAUGAGGAUUAUUAUAAAGCCUCUGUGACUCGUCUCCCCAUCAAGUGGAUGUCCCCUGAGUCCAUCAACUUCCGUCGCUUCACGACGGCCAGUGACGUCUGGAUGUUUGCUGUGUGCAUCUGGGAGAUCCUGAGCCUUGGAAAGCAGCCUUUCUUCUGGCUGGAAAACAAGGAUGUCAUUGGAGUGCUGGAGAAAGGGGACAGGCUGCCCAAGCCCGACCUCUGUCCUCCUGUGCUUUACACACUCAUGACCCGCUGCUGGGACUAUGACCCCAGUGACCGGCCCCGCUUCACGGAGCUCGUGUGCAGUCUCAGUGACAUUUAUCAGAUGGAGAAGGACAUUGCCAUAGAGCAGGAAAGGAAUACUCGCUACCGACCCCCUAAGAUAUUGGAGCCCACUGCCUUCCAGGAACCCCCGCCUAAGCCCAGCCGUCCCAAGUACAGACCCCCUCCCCAAACCAACCUGCUGGCCCCCAAGCUGCAGUUUCAGGUCCCAGAGGGUCUGUGUGCCAGCUCUCCUACGCUCACCAGCCCUAUGGAGUAUCCAUCUCCUGUUAACUCUCUGCAUACUCCGCCUCUCCACCGGCACAAUGUCUUCAAGCGCCACAGCAUGCGGGAGGAGGACUUCAUCCGGCCCAGCAGCCGAGAGGAGGCCCAGCAGCUCUGGGAGGCCGAGAAGAUCAAGAUGCGCCAGAUCCUGGACAAGCAACAGAAGCAGAUGGCGGAAGAUUCCCAGUGGCUGAGGCGGGAGGAGAGGUGCCUGGACCCCAUGGUUUAUAUGAACGACAAGUCACCACUGACCCCGGAGAAGGAGGCUGGCUACACGGAGUUCACGGGUCCCCCACAGAAGCCACCCCGGCUGGGAGCACAGUCUAUCCAGCCCACAGCCAACCUGGACCGGACCGACGACCAGGUAUACUUCAACGUCAUGGAGCUGGUGCGCGCCGUGCUGGAACUCAAGAAUGAGCUUGGCAAGCUGCCUCCCGAGGACUAUGUGGUCGUGGUGAAGAAUGUGGGGCUGACCCUGCGGAAGCUCAUCGGGAGUGUCGAUGAUCUCUUGCCUUCCCUGCCAUCAUCUUCAAGGACGGAGAUCGAGGGGACUGAGAAACUACUCAACAAGGACCUGGCAGAGCUUAUCAACAAGAUGCGCCUGGCCCAGCAGAACGCUGUGACCUCUCUGAGCGAGGAGUGCAAGCGGCAGAUGCUCACGGCCUCCCACACCCUGGCCGUGGAUGCCAAGAACCUGCUGGAUGCCGUAGACCAGGCCAAGGUCUCAGCCAACCUGGCCCGCCCCCCUGCAGAGUGAUCCAGAGUGGGGCCACCUGGCUGCGUCUUCCACCCCCACCUGCCGUGUACCUUCCCUGCCCUGCCUUUGCUCGCGUGGUCUCCUGGGGAAGGCCAAGGGGAGUCCGUCCCUUGCCACUUUGCACGACCCCAGCCCCAUUCUUACCCCAGACUGUGCUGCUCAGGCUGCAGUUGGACAGAGGGAAUUCUGGGCAUGGACAUAGGGUGGGGGUGACAUAUAGUUCAGGAAGGGCACUGCUGCCAGCCAUUCCCUCCCUCCCCAGCCUGGGUGCUGGGGCCUUCCUGAUUGGCGGGGGGGCACAGCUGUGCCUCUAACAGCUGAGAUGGCUUUAUGCAUGGGCAUUUGGUAGCCAGAUUAUCCCUUCUCCUUCCUCUUCAGCCCUUGGGAGGUCCUCUUGAUGUACAGAGGGGACCAGAGAGGGGCUUUAUUUGGAGAGGGGCUGGUGAGAUGAGGGCUGGACCUGCUCUUUUGUACAGUGUAUAUUGGGAUUUAUUUAACGUGUGUUUGGUCUGGACGAAGAGCCAAGGGCCACAGUCCAGGAACAAGCUCAUUGGGAAUGCGGGUUAUCAAAUUCAGCGCCACAGGGGAGAAGCGGAGAGUCGGAGGCCAGAAAGGGACCUUGAACUCCGUCUGCUCUUCCUGCACCCUCCUCCUUCUACCUUUCUUCUCUCCUUUUCUUACUUCCCCUCCUCCCCCGCCCACCCUUUUCUCUGCUCCUUUCCUUUCUCGAGUUUGUGAAGAACAUUCUUUGACCCUCUUUCUAUUUCACUCGUGGUUGGAAUUAAAAUCCUUACCAUUUG